UGAAGGGCGGGUUUUAGUCAGACUUUGGGCUGGAUAUUUUUGUUGGACCUGACCUGGCAACCCUGGCCGUUACUGAGCUGCGUCGCGUGCGGUUGUGGAGACGGUUGGAAAUGCUAGGCUAACUCCAGCACGGAAGGUCAUGGCUCAGCACUUCUUUGGACACCCUGGCUCCGCUACAUUUCAGUCCACACCUAAAGCAGGUCCUCAGCGUGUCCCAGUGAAGGCGGCAGAAGAGGGGCAGAACAUAGACUAUGACUCGACAGGUGAAACACUGUCAUUUGUAACCCUGGAUGAUAGUCAUGAGCAGCAAAGUGAGGAUUCAGGCAUCAACAUAUCAAGUAGAAGUUCACCUGUAACUGUUCCCGUGGAUGAUAGCAUUGUUUCCAGCCCUGUUGCUUCAAGAAUAGAUGAGAUUGGGAAGAAAGCGCAAGAUCUUAUUGAGAGGAUCAACCAGAGCAGAGCCAUGGAUCAGAAGAUCUUAAACAGCUUUGAGGAAAAGCUAAUGCAGAAGGUGGGUGAGAUGUGUCAGCAGGUGAAGGAGCAGAUGUUUGAGUAUUAUGAUAAGCACAGUCAGGGGAUGGAGGUCAGGCUCACUGAACUAUCAGAAGUGUUGGAGCGCAGCAGUCAGCUCAGCAUGGAGCUGCAAGGAGCCAGCCAGACACUGGCAGCCAUCAACAAAGGUCUGCAGCAAACGGGUCAAUAGAUUAUAUAUUACUAUAUUGCUCAUAAUACUUCCACAGCCCUGUCUACCUUAA